GGCGGGAGAGAGGGACAUUCAAUCUCCAGCCGAGAUAAACGGAACCCGGUCUGAGGGUCAUGGAGGCGUCCCGAGGGUUUGCGGAAGCCGGGGCCUUAAGCCCAGAGCAGGCUGCCCGUUACCUGAGAUAUGUGAAAGAGGCCAAAGAAGCGACUAAGAAUGGAGAUCUAGAAGAAGCACUUAAACUUUUCAAUUUGGCAAAGGACAUUUUUCCCAAUGAAAAGGUGAUGAGCAGAAUCCAAAAAAUACAAGAAGCCUUGGAGGAGUUGGCGGAACAUGGAGAUGAUGAAUUCACAGAUGUGUGCAGUUCUGGCCUGCUGCUUUAUCGAGAGCUGCACAACCAGCUCUUUGAGUACCAAAAGGAAGGCGUAGCUUUCCUCUAUAGCCUGUACAGGGAUGGAAGAAGAGGGGGCAUCCUGGCAGAUGAUAUGGGAUUAGGAAAGACUGUUCAGAUCAUUGCUUUCCUUUCUGGGAUGUUUGAUGCUUCCCUUGUGAACCAUGUGCUGCUGAUCAUGCCAACCAGUCUGAUCAGUACAUGGCUAAGAGAAUUUGUCAAGUGGACUCCAGGAAUGAGAGUUAAAACCUUUCAUGGUCCAAGCAAGGAUGAACGAACCAGAAACCUCAGUCGGAUUCAGCAGAGGAAUGGCGUCAUUAUCACCACAUACCAAAUGUUAAUCAAUAAUUGGCAGCAACUUUCCAGCUCGAAUGGCCAAGAGUUUGUGUGGGACUAUGUCAUCCUUGAUGAAGCACAUAAAAUAAAAACCUCAUCUACUAAGUCAGCCAUAUGUGCUCGUGCAAUCCCCGCCAGUAAUCGCAUCCUCCUCACAGGAACCCCAAUACAGAAUAAUUUACAAGAACUGUGGUCCCUGUUUGAUUUUGCUUGUCAAGGGUCCCUGCUAGGAACAUUAAAAACUUUUAAAAUGGAGUAUGAAAAUCCUAUUACUAGAGCAAGAGAGAAGGAUGCUACCCCAGGGGAAAAAGCCUUGGGAUUUAAAAUAUCUGAAAACUUAAUGGCAAUCAUAAAGCCCUAUUUUCUCAGAAGGACAAAAGAAGAGGUACAGAAGAAAAAGUCAAGCAACCCAGACAUCCAACUUAGUGAAAAGAAUCCAGAUGUUGACGCCAUCUGUGAAAUGCCUUCCCUUUCCAGGAAAAAUGAUUUAAUUAUCUGGAUACGUCUGGUACCUUUACAAGAAGAAAUAUACAGGAAAUUCGUGUCUCUAGAUCAUAUCAAGGAGUUGCUAAUGGAGACGCGCUCACCUCUGGCUGAGCUUGGUGUCUUAAAGAAGCUGUGUGAUCAUCCCAGGCUGCUCUCUGCACGGGCAUGUCAUUUGCUGAAUCUAGGGGCUGUCAACUUCUCUGCUGCAGAUGAAAAUGAAGGGGAAGAUACCUCAGAUGUGGACCAUAUUGCUCAAAUAAGUGAUGAUACACUGAUGGGAGAAUCUGGAAAAAUGAUAUUUCUCAUGGACUUGCUUAAAAGGCUGCGAGAUGAAGGGCAUCAAACUCUGGUGUUUUCCCAGUCAAGACGAAUUCUCAACAUCAUCGAACGCCUCUUAAAGAAUAGGUGCUUUAAAAUACUGCGCAUCGAUGGAACAAUUACUCAUCUUGUAGAACGAGAGAAAAGGAUUAGCCUAUUCCAGCAAAACAAAGAUUACUCUGUUUUCCUGCUUACCACGCAAGUGGGUGGUGUUGGCCUCACACUAACUGCAGCAAGUCGAGUGGUCAUCUUUGACCCUAGCUGGAAUCCCGCAACUGAUGCUCAGGCUGUGGAUAGAGUUUACCGAAUUGGACAAAAGGAAAAUGUUGUGGUUUACAGGCUGAUCACUUGUGGAACUGUAGAGGAAAAAAUAUACAGAAGACAAGUUUUCAAGGACUCACUAAUAAGGCAAACUACUGGUGAUAAGAAGAACCCUUUCCGCUAUUUCAGUAAACAGGAACUGAGAGAGCUCUUUACAAUCGGGGAUUUUCAGAACUCUGCAACCCAGCUGCAGCUUCAGUCUUUGCAUGCUGCUCAGAGGAGAUCUGACAAGAGCCUCGAUGAACAUAUUGCCUACCUGCACUCUCUGAGCAUAGCUGGAAUCUCAGACCAUGAUUUGAUGUACACACAUGAUCUAUCUGUUAAGGAGGAGCUUGAUGUGAUAGAGGACUCUCACUAUAUUCAACAGAGGGUUCAGAAAGCUCAAUUCCUUGUUGAAACAGAGUCUCAAAAUACAGAGCUCUUAAUGGAAAGACAAAGAACUGGCAAUGAGGGGGUCUGGCUGAGAGAACCUAUAUUUCCUUCUCAGACAAAGAAGAAAUGCCCUGAAUUCAAUAAGCCACGGCCUCAGCCUUCACCCUUUCUACUUACUCAUCACACCCAGGAAGAAGAAAUCAGUUCCCAAAUGGCAAGUGUAAUCAUUGAUGAUCUACCUGAAGAGAGCAAGAAACAAGAUCUCUCCAGUAUAAAGACAAAUGUUACCAUCCCGCAAGAUGGUAGGCACCCACGUGAAAGUACAUUUGAUGCUGACUUUGUAGCUUCUUUACCCAAGGGGUGUGGAAAUGUGGAAGAAAUGUGGACUGACUCUUCAUCGGGUACAGCGCUACAAAAAGAGUUAUCGCGAGAGGGCCCUUCACAGGAGGCACCACAAGAGAGCCCUCUGGGAAGUGCUAAUUAUCUACAGAGCAAGUCAGUCAGAGCUGAUCUUGGGGCAAACCUAGAUCAACUAGAGGAUGAUGAGAUUUUCCAUCACUGUACUUCCUGGCCUGCUAAUCCUACAACAAAAGAAUAUCAAAGUAGAGAAUCAAAUGUAUCUGUUAUUAAAAUAGCUGAUGAUGACUUAUCAGCAUCCUAUCAUGCACUGCAGGAUGCUCCAGAGAAUGAGGCCAAGUUGGAAGAGGAACCAUUAGCAUCUUCACCCCAGUAUGCAUGUGACUUCAAUCUUUUCUUGGAAGACUCUGCAGAUAAUGCACAGAAUCUUUCCAGUCAGUCUUUGGAGCGCGUGGAGAAAGAAAAUAGCUUGUAUGUUUCUGCAGCUAAUUCUCGACCAGAAUCUGUGCACAGCAAAGCACGUCUCAGUGUAGAUCUUUCUGAGAAAGAUGAUGAGCCAGAAGAAGAGGUGGUUAAUGUGAAAGUUAGAAGUAAAGCUAGACGGAUCAAUUCAGAUGACGAAGAUGAAGGUGAUACUUUUAAAGAUACUUCAAGCCCCAAUCCAUUCAGCACACCUCCCUUCCCGUCUUUAUCUGUAAAACAGUUUGAUGCUUCAACUCCCAAAAAUGACCUCAGUCCACCUGGAAGCUUCUUUUCACAUCAAAUAUCUAAUAGUAUAAAUAAGUCCAUCAACUCUAGAAGAUCCCUAGCCUCUAGGAGGUCUCUUAUUAAUGUGGUUUUAGACCACGUGGAGGAUAUGGAGGAAAGACUUGACAGCGGCAGUGAAGCAAAGGCUGCUGCUGAUUAUCUGGAGGAAGGAGCAGAGGAAAGCAGCAGUGAAGCCCUAGAGGCUACAGAAGAUCCUUCCAGAGAAACACUGCCUUCAGAAAAUAAGUCCAGCCAGUUAAGCUCACCUAUGCCCGGUGCUCCGGGUCAGGAGGCCUCUCCUGGCGACCCUGAGCCUUUGUCUGGAGAACAGUUGGUUGACUCUCCCCAGGAUGAGGCGGUGGAGGCUGCAAACGACUAUGAGACUCUUGUCUUGCGUGGAAAAGAGCUGAAAGAGUGUGGAAAAAUACAGGAGGCCUUAAACUGCUUAGUUAAAGCACUUGACAUCGAAAGCUCAGAUCCUGAAGUGAUGCUCAUGACUUUAAGUUUGUAUAAGCAACUGAAUAAAACUUGAGACUGUAACCUGUUUAUUGUAUUUUUAAAGCCAAACUGAGUAGGCAGUACUUUGUUCCCAUAAUUGGGUUCUUUGGGAGCAUGAAGCAUUUGGGCUUAAGGCAGGAGGGAGAACUCAGAAAGAGAGUUCUUGUUUCCAACUUUCUUGUAAAUUCUGCCUUUACUGCCUGUUCCCCCUCCCCGCCCCCGUACAUAUAUUCUGGUAUUCUGAGCCCUAGGUUAAUAUUUCUUUACUCAGAUAUUUGUGUAUUUUUCUUUUAGGCAUACUCUAUAAAAUAAACUUCAUAGAACUUUGUUAUUUCUAGAAAAAUUUUGGUAAAAUUAUUCUGGUCAUUUUCAGUUUUAUUCUGAAAAUGAUCAAUUUUGUAUCACACAGUUCAGAUAAUUAAACUUAUUUUUCUCAA